AUGGCCGUCCCACCAGAGAUGACUGUCCUCAACAUCAGCGGAAAGUAUAUCAUGAGCAAAUCCUUGAGCGAUCAUACCGACGAGAUCCUUCGAUUGCAAGGACUCGGCUGGCUGAAGCGCAAGAUCAUUCGCAUGGGGACGUUGUACCUCAGCAUCAAACACUACACCGACGAGAACUCCAUAGAGCACAUUGACAUCCUCCAGACGCUGUCAGGCCUAUCCAACACGGACGAGGACCGGAUCCUAGACUGGGAGCCACGGCCACAUGAAGACGAUACCUUCGGCAAUGUGCUGUCUCAGAGCAAGCGUGUCUCUAUUGAUGAGGUAGACAACGAGUGGCUGAAGAAAGGCUGGACAAAGGACACAAGAGAAAUGAGUCUGGUGCUGACACGGGCAGAAAGCGACACUGCAAAGAAUGGUACAAGAUGGGUAGCAGUACAGACAUGGGGUUUCGAAGAAAUCAAUGGCGAGAAGAGACAUGUAAGGCACGUCGACUUUACAGGUCCAGAGAAAGAGAAAGUCCAAGCUCGUCUGGUAUAUGAUUACCAGGGCACAUUGUGA